AAGAAAAGUUUAAAAGACAAACUGGCACAUUACCGUACAGAGUUAAGGAAACUUGGUUGUCCAGAGGUGGUAGUUAAUGCAAUGACCAGCAAGCCACAAGGCAGGAGUCCAGCAUUCAAAAUAAAAAGACCGAAGCGGUCUGAAGUUAACUACUGUCCACAGUUUCCAGUCGGUGAAACUGAAGCAACAUUAGAAAAACUUAGAGUAGAGCUUCUAACCGACAUAAAGCUGAGAAAUGGCAAAGAGAUGGUGAAAGCAAAGAUGGAAAAGACCUUUUCAUACCGAAGAUAUGAGGUGAUCCGAGAUGCCCCCAUGGUCCAGGACUUUAAAGGAAGAUGGCCAGCCCUCUUUGACGUGUUUGAGAUAAAUUCAGAGUUCAAGCGAUUGACAACCCUGCCACUCCAGUCCCGCUUUCUGUCUAAACUGGAUCUUUUGUCUCGCAAACUUCAAGCCUUGUAUGAGAAGAGGGGAGGACAAAUUGGAAAGAAGCUAAAGCAACUGAUGGAAGAAAUGAAAACUGAAUCUGGGGAGGAUGAUCUCGAUUCCGUGAGGGAAGGUGUUCUGAGGGCGCUGUGUGUCUACUUGAAUGAAGACCCUGAAAACCUGAUAAAGGAUCAUGUUGUGAGUACAACAAUAUUUUACCCAAGUCACACGCAUGGAAAUGGUCAUACACAGGGCUGUAGACUGCGACUAAAAUGGUCAAAUUUUCAAUGGUUUUAGCAGAUUGCGCGAAGAAAAACAGCCAAUACUUUGGUGGCUCUACCACAGACUUAACUUAGCAUGAUUGCUUAUUUGGCCUUUGAUUGAAUUGAACAAAACCAAGGACAAAUGCAUCUGUCUUUUGGUCACUGACCUUAUGCCUGUCUCGUAACAUGCAAGCUGAGUGCUCCAAGUGCGUGCCAUCCCCAAAGUUGGAGAUUGCGCUUCACUGUUAACAGCACCAGA